GAGUUUGCCCUAACCAAAAUCUCUUGAAAAUUCGUAUAUUAGUUGCCCUAUAUAAACGCCGUUUACACAUCCUCGCUUCCCCUCAAGCAUAUUCUCAGAACCAACACCCUACGCUCCAUACGCAGACGCAUAGCUCCGUUCUCAUCGUCGAGAGGAAGUUGGCAGUUUAGUCUGCUCUGUCGCAAAUAGCUAAAGUGGGGAGCAUCAAGUUCGAAACUUCUUUUAUGUCUGAACGGGCAUCCCUCUUUUUGUUAUCAAUUGGAUUACUUGGGGAGUAUUGUCCUACGUCUAGAAAAAAGAACAUACAUUCCUCAGAUAACAUUGUACUUAAGGUGCAACAUCCACGGUUUUGGAUCUUUUAUGCAGCCUGUUCCUUUUGAAAGGACUUGUUCAGUAGAGGAGGAUUUCUUGUUGCAAGAGGCAAUAACACUGCUGAUUUGUGCUUCUUCUGAUCAAUUUCUCUAGAAGCAUACAGAAAUCGAGAUGGCUCUGCAGAAUAUUGGUGCCUCCAACCGUGAUGAUGCCUUCUACAGGUAUAAGAUGCCGAGAAUGAUUACCAAGAUUGAAGGUAGAGGAAAUGGGAUCAAGACUAAUAUUGUUAACAAUGUCGAGAUCGCAAAGGCCUUGGCUAGACCUGCUUCAUACACUACAAAAUAUUUUGGUUGUGAGCUUGGUGCCCAAUCAAAAUUUGAUGAGAAAACUGGAACUUCACUGGUAAAUGGUGCUCAUGAGACGGCUAAGCUUGCAGGGCUUCUUGAAAACUUCAUCAAAAAAUAUGUUCAGUGCUAUGGUUGUGGGAACCCUGAAACUGAGAUUGUCAUCACAAAGACACAGAUGAUAACCCUAAAAUGUGCUGCUUGUGGUUUUCUUUCAGAUGUUGACAUGAGGGACAAGCUCACAACAUUUAUACUGAAGAAUCCACCUGAGCAGAAGAAAUUGAAGGACAAAAAAGCAUUGAGGAAAGCUGAGAAGGAACGGCUGAAGGAAGGUGAGGUUGCUGAUGAGGAGCAAAAUAAGCUCAAAAAGGAAGCUAAGAAGAAAGGUUCAUCUGCUAGUUCAAAGGAUGUUGCUAAAAGUGGAUCAACCAAGAAGAAAAGUAGUGGAUUUGACGAGAAUCACUCCCCUACUCACAGCCAGGCUGGUGAGAGUGACCAAGUGGGUUCUGACAAUGGCGACGAGGAUGAUGUCCAAUGGCAAACAGACACUUCAUUAGAAGCUGCUAGGCAGCGCAUACAGGAGCAGUUGAGUGCUGUUACUGCAGAUAUGGUUAUGCUAUCAACCAGUGAAGAGAAGCAUAAGUCAGUGAAUAAAUCUCCAGAACAUGACAAUAAGGGGCAUGAGAAUGGUGUCAAGCGUGCUAAUACCUUUGAAACGCUUGUUGACGAGAUUAAGGAAUUUCUUAAAACAAGUUCCUCAGUGAAACAACUGAAAUCCUUUUUGGUUUCUCUCUCUGGCACUCAGCAAGAAGUCACCGAUGCCUUAUUUAUGGCGCUUUUCGGGGAUGUUAAGAAAGGAUUUGCCAAAGAGGUUGGGAAAAAGAAAACCUACCUGGCAGCAGGAACUCAAGAUGGGUCGCAUAUGAUUCUGUUGCAUGCUUUUGAGUCAUUCUACACCAAGGCGAACCCUGAGGCAGCGAAGGAGGUUGGUCUGGCUCUGAAAGUACUGUACGACAGCGAUUUGUUGGAAGAGGAGUUUAUACUGGAGUGGUACAAGAAAGGCCUUGCAGGUAGCAACAAAAACUCCCCCAUAUGGAAGAAUAUUGUACCCUUCAUCGAAUGGCUCCAGAAUGCUGAGUCUGAAUCAGAGGAGUGAUUCUGGGAGCAUGCAUUUAUGGUCUUUUGUCUGCUUUGGAUCUUGUUCUGCUUUGUUGUUUGAAUGAAUAAGGCUUGGUGCUAUGUGUUGAGUUGCUGUUCUAUUUCUGGUUAUAAACUCUCUCUAUUACUGCCAACUAGUCAUUAUGUUGUUGUGCCUAAGAGUAUCGUUUCUAGACAUUAAUAUUCUACAUUUUCUUA